GCUCCGGUCCGCGUAAAUAGUCACGAGUCCGUUUCGUAUUGCUGCACCGCAGAUCCAUUAGACUCCGUUAUACGGAAAUUCUGGGAGCUGGAGGAAGUCGACGUCCCUCCAGUACUUAGUCCCGAUGAUAAAGUGUGUGAGGAGUUUUACUCGAGUACUACCUCGCGAGCUAGUGACGGUCGUUACGUGGUGGCGUUGCCUUUCAAGGUUGACGUCAGCUGUCUCGGUAACUCGCGUCAGGCAAGUGAGCGACGGUUUUAUUGCCUAGAGAGAAAGAUGCAGGCUUCUCCACAAUUAAAGAUCGCAUAUGACAAUGUUAUCCGCGAAUACUUAGAAAAGGGUUAUAUUUCGCCUAUAAAUUGUAAUUCUUCACAAAGUUCGUAUUUUAUUCCGCAUCACGGUGUGAUCCGAGAAGAUAAGGUCACAACGAAGUUACGUGUAGUUCUCGAUGGUAGUUGUAAAACCAGCACUGGUUUUUCUCUUAAUGACCUAUUAUAUAGAGGUGAAAAUCUUCAAGGUAGUUUGUUUGACAUAAUUAAUAAUUUUCGUUUAUUUUCGAUCGCUCUUUCCGCUGAUAUUCGUCAGAUGUUUCUAAGCAUCGGCAUAAGAGAAUCUGACAGGCGUUUUCAACGCAUUUUGUAUCGUUUUUCCCCGCAACAACCUUUACAGGUUUAUGAAUUUAAUCGUGUAGUAUUCGGUCUCAAAUCUAGCCCCUUUCAUGCGCUGCGCACUAUUAAGCAGCUGGCGGCCGACGAAGGCGCUUCGUUCCCUCAGGCUAGGGAAGUCAUCGAUACAAGCCUAUAUAUGGAUGACUUCGUUUACUCAGUCCCAUCUGAAGAGUUGGGCAUUUCUACCGCUUCAGAGUUGAUAGGUCUCAUGAAAGCGGGACAAUUUGAAUUGGUCAAAUGGUCUAGUAAUUCACAAGUGGUUUUAGAUUCGAUUCCGCCAUCGCACCGUCUACCGGAAGUAAAAGAAUUUGACGGGUCAGAUCAACAUAAGAUACUCGGUUUGUGUUGGUCUCCCACGUCCGAUUAUUUCAGUAUAAAAAUUAAUACUCCCAUAACAACUUGUACUAAACGUUCGAUAUUGUCGUGUGUCGCUAAAAUAUGGGACGUUAUGGGAUUUGUCGCACCUGUCGUUUUGUACGUAAAAUUAAUUAUCAAGCAGCUUUGGCUGUGUAACUGUGAUUGGGAUGACACUCCGCCUGAAGAUAUAGUUAAAAUAUGGACACGUUUAAGAGAGGAACUUCCCUUGUUAGGUGAUAUAAAAAUUCCCCGUCACAUUGGUAUCGUCGCUGAUAGUGUAAUUACUAUUUUAGCAUUCGCAGACGCCAGCGAGAAAGCGUACGGGGGAGUUAUUUAUUUUCACGUUCAAAAUAGGGACUCUAAUACAAUCAAUUUGAUAACGGCUAAAUCGAAGGUUUCUCCAAAAAAGGUUGUCUCACUCGCUCGUCUUGAACUCUGUGCUAUUCUUUUAUUAACUCAACUUAUUAAAAAGGUGGUAGACGCAUGUCAAAGUCGCGUGAUUUUUCGUAACAUAUUCGCAUUUUCGGACUCAACUGUCGCUCUCUGCUGGGUACAUUCCUCGCCUCACCGAUGGAAUACCUUUGUAGCCAACAGAGUUACAAAAAUACAAAAUAAUUUAGCGCCGCAUAAUUUAUAUCAUAUUUCGAGUACAGACAAUCCCGCCGACUGUCUGUCGCGUGACACCACUCUUUCGUUUGAAGAGUUAAGCACUGUGCUUGCUCAAAUUGAAUCGGUAAUGAAUACUCGUCCUUUAUGUUCAACGCUCUCUAGUGAUCCUUCCGAACCCCUCGCUUUGACUCCAGCGCAUUUUUUAAAUCUCUCACCUUUACGGUAUUUGCCAGCGAAAGAAAUAGAUGAAAGCCUUACUAUUGUGGCUAGGCACAACUUAUUAGAUAAAUUAAUUCAAUCGUUCUGGAAGCGCUGGAGAAGGGAUUACCUCCAUACGUUGCAAUCGCGUCGUAAGUGGAAUACGCCGGUGGAUCCAGUCGUUGUGGGUUCAGUCGUAAUUAUCAUAACUGAUAAUACGCCACCGCUACAUUGGCCAUUAGGUGUCAUAGAGGAAGUUUUUCCCGACUCCACAGGAGUCACUCGCGUCGCCCGGGUUAGGACUACGACUGGAUCGUACUUGCGUCCCGUUGUUCGUCUUUGUCCGUUACCUAAACAGUAGCGCGCUUAAAUUACAUUCGUUUUUUCAUUAAUCUUAGUUAUUAGUCGUAUUAGUAAUGUAGGUACUUAGUUAGAAGUUAGAUAUCGCGUUAUUUUCAUCUAAAUUUUUUGAAGGCGUUCCUUCAAGCCCGGGGGAAUGGUUACGCCGUUUUUGCGUUUGGUCGUUGCAUCCUUUCCCGUCCUUUUCCCGCACAGUACAGGUGAGCGAGAAGGACGCGCCCCGCAAUCGCACGUUUUUGAAAAUACAUAAUGGCUGAAAUCGUCGUCGUUGUGCGUGUGCCGCUCCGCAACUUUUUAUUCGAAAAAGUCUUUAAAGUGUGUGCAAGUUCGAGCUGGAGGUGUCCAGAAGCAGGAGAAGACCGGUGAAAAGAGACAAGGUACUGUGCUUCCUUCCUUUAGCAGAACUGCCUCAAUUAUCGUAUUCCCGCAGUUUUGUACUCGUCCCACCGUGCAACGACCAACUAUAAGAACCUUUGCAUUACCG